CCGACAUCUGCAGCUUCUUCAGUUCAUCUACUCAAUCGUCUACCCAGGCUUUACUUCCAGCAUUUCUCUACUCCUCCCAGCCAAGAUGGUUUCCACUCUCUUGCUAGGCGUUCUCCUCAAUGCCUUCAUCUUCCAAGCAGCUCUUUCAUCGCCCGUCCCCGAAGUCAACGCUGUUAGCUCGGCUCAGCGCCAUACCGCACGACAAGAUGAAGUCCUCGGUUUCGUUCCCCCACCCACCUACCAGCCCGGAUGGUGUGGUGUGCACGUGACCCAGUACCGGCCAUCAGAGGCCGCGGGCCACUACCGCCUCGACAUCAUCAUCAAGGACAAUGCGGGCGAAGAGAUCGGGGCCCUCAACUACGCAGACUCCUCAAGCGACGUCAGCGUCGGGGUUACCAGCAGUUUGCCGUGGGUUCUCAUCCUGACGGCGGGCGCGAGUGACUAUGAUGCGGUACUCUUCGCCUAUGCGGGCCAGUCUUGGGGAAGUAAUGACCAACAACAUCAUUGCAACUUCGGCGAAUAUGAUCGUGGGGCGAGGCAAGGCGACUGCGGGUUCUCGUGCUAG